GUCAUAUUUAUUGCAAUUUGGCUAAGAGAAGUAAUGUUCAUAGGACUGAUGAGUUCAAAAUUGCAUUUUGGAACUGUGCAAAAUCGACAUUUCUAGAAAUCUGGAGAGAGAAUAUGGUGAAACUAAGGGCAGUUUCAGAUGAAGGUUAUGCUCAAUUAAUGGAAAAGGAUGGUAAGUUUUGGUCUAGAGCAUUUUUUCAAAGUCAUUCAAAGUGUGAUUCUGUAGACAAUAACAUGUCAGAAACAUUUAACUCAUGGAUUCUUAAACCACGAUGUAAAGCACCAAUUAGCAUGAUUAGGGAGAUCAUAGAGAUGUGCACUGAACGACGUAGGGAUAAAAAGUUCAGUGCAUCUAGAUGGCCUACUGAUGUUUCCCCUAGAGCUCGAGAUAGGCUUAAACUUCAUAUGGAUCUUUCCCAUGCAUGUGGUGUGUUAUGGCCUGGAGAAACUGAUUUUCAGAUUUAUGAUGGGCUGCAGUCAUUCACUCAUGUAGUUAAUUUUCAAGAAAGAACAUGCACAUGUAGAGUUUGGCAAAGCACUGGUGUUCCUUGCCCACAUGCCUUGCGUGCCAUUAAUUAUCAAGAGUGGAAUCCGGAUGACUUUAUUGAUGUUAGUUUAAAGAGGGAAAAGUACCUGGCAGCUUAUGGCCAGCCAUUAGAAUGCAGUAGAGGUGAGGAAGUGUGGAGGCAGUUUGAUGGAGAAAAGUUGCUCCCACCUAUUAUAAAGAGCAUACCCGGUAGGCCAAAAAAGAAUAGGAGAAAGGCAAGGUUUGAGCCUAAGAAGAUUAAAAAGGGAAAGAAGAACAUAAUUUCAAAGAAGGGAACAAUUGUGAUACAUUGCAAGAUUUGUGGGGGAGAAGGCCAUAAUAUGAAAGGAUGUCCAGUGAGGAAUAAAGAAGAAUAUGCACAAUUUGUUAAGGAAAGUCAAGGGACAAGUAGUACAAUGUCUAGCUUUACCAAUGCUAAGAAGGCAAAGAGAAAGAGAGGAAAUUCUGAAACAGAACAGAGGGCAAAGAAUCAGUGUUAAUUGGCACCAUAAAAGGAUGAUUUUGGAGAAGAUAUGAAGUUAUAUUUUGUUAGGAAAAAAUGAUUAUAUUACAUUCAUAUAUUUUGCCUUUUAUUAAGAAAGGAUGAUGAUGUUUUGUCAUAGCCAUAUAAUAGGCAUUUUGUGACAGUAGGUAGUAUUUUCUGGUAUAUUUUCCUGUGUAGGUAAUAUUUUAUGGUAUAUUUUCCUGUGUAUAGGUAAUAUUUUCUGUUAUAUUUUCCUGGUAUAUUUUCUUGUGGAGGUAAUAUUUUCUGGUAUAUUUUCUUGUGGAGGUAAUAUUUUCUGGUAUAUUUUCCUGUGUAGGUAAUAUUUUCUGUUAUAUUUUCCUGUGUAAGUAAUAUUUUUUGAUAUAUUUUUCUGGUAUAUUUUCUUGUGGAGGUAAUAUUUUCUGGUAUAUUUUCCUGUGUAGGUAACAUUUUUUGGUAUAUUUUUUUGGUUUCAAUUUAGAUUUGUUAUUUAUGAGAUACAUAAACAAGCAAAGAAAUUAUCUUUGUUAUUAAGAUAGCUUUCUGUGCUAAUCUUUGAUCCACAGUGUUUUAUCCUUAAGCUUUUUAUGCAUGAAGAAUUCAGAUUCACAAGUUUCUAUUCAUUUUUAAAGCUUUAAAGUUGUUUGGGAGAACAUUAGGAUUUACAGAGCUGGUUCUCUCUGGAAAUUCGAUGAAGCAUAUAACUUGUAUGUUCACUAGUAUUCAAUUUGUCUGUAAAGACAUGUUGCCUUUCUGGUAUUUACUGGUAUAGUUUACUGGUUUAAUUUACAGUACACAAUUUCCUAUGACAGAUACAAUUUCCUGGUAUAAUGUUCACUGUUAUUAUUUCCAUACUCAUCAAAAGCAACAGGAUAUAAACAAAAGUAUACUUC